UACCCUUAUCAUUUGACAUUGAUCUAAGCGGCGUAGAGUAAACGGGCACUUGUCACUGUAAUCAGGAAUUAAUUCUUUGAUUAAGUUGCAAUUGCAAUGGCCUUCCAAGCUCCACAUACCGGUCAAGAGAAACAGAACCGUAAGAUUCUGGAGCAGCUUGAGGAGCAGAAGAAGAGGCUAAGGAUGGCAGCUCAGGGAGGGGGCGUGGCAGGAGCUGCUGGGGCAGUCAUAGGAAACUCAGCCAACCUCAACCCAGCCCCACCCCCUUCUGCCUUACCCGGGGUAGUCGCUGGAGGACCGACCGUCCAACAACCACAGCUGACCAACUUGCAUAUGGGUGUAGACCAGCAGCACAUGACGCCACAGCAGAGGGCAGCCUUGCAGCAUGCUCAUGCCAACUCGGUGGGAUAUUUCAUCACUCAGGACUCGUCGUUUGGUAAUCUCAUACUGCCUGUGUUACCAAGAUUUGAAACCAAGUCCUGACAGGGGGGAUAACUCUGAAGGCAAAAUGUGCUCUAGAAGUAUUUGUGCUGGGCCCACUUGCACUAAGAAAGUUUAGUUGCAAUUGAUCUUAGGAGCUUACAACCAUCUUUACAAUGGCCAUACCUAAGUCUUAGUCCACUUGCACAAACCGAUCUUAGCAGGGUUGUAAGACUGCUUGGAUUUGAGAUCGUGAUCUUAGCUAAGAUCAAAGUCUCCAAUGGUGGAGGUAGGAAUAUCUUAAGCUCGUCUCUCCUGUCUAAAGUUGUUUAUAACAGUGCAUAGCUUGCUGUGCAUACCAACAGUGGUACCGGUUACGAUAUACUACAUGUACCUCCCUCCGUGACACCUUGUAGUUUUAAAAUAGGUCUCAAGUCAUUCAAGGAAAUGACUCUGACUUUGUGCAUUGAUACUGUCUUCAGUUAGGAAUUGUGACUUUGAUAUUGCAACAGGAGAAAUACCCUACCCAUGUUUUAUGAAAAUGUUGAAGUACAAAUGAACACCUCCAUACAUAUGAAUGUACCAUAAGAGAAAUAUACAUGGUAGGUGGAUCUCAGCAAGUUUACAACAAGGGUAUACAUUGGGCAAGGUCAUCCAUGGUAGUGUUUGAGAUAAAAACAAUUGUCAGGCCGCCAUGAGGACCCACAGACUUCAGAAGCUGCAGGCCCUGACUAAACUCUUCAGGUCCGCACUUUAAAAACAGCAGCCUAUUGUGACAAAUACUUUGACACGUAAAUUUACUGCAGGUCUUUAAGACCCAUACAACUUUAAAACUUAUGGCCCGAGUCAAGGUCUACCUGCCACAGACCUCCAGGCAGUCUUACUUCGAACAUUGCUUCACGGUUGACGGCAUAUAUACAGAGGGAAACCAUGCCCAUUUACCGUAUGAACUAAGAUAAGUUACCCAAAUGGUCACAGCCAUUACUAUAGCUUACAGACACCUUAUGUUUUUAUCCUUCCCUUGAUUAUCGAAAAAGUGUGUUUAACGCUUCUUUCAGUAUAGAGUCGGUGGGAAUGGUAUCAACUAAAUGGUUAUGUGGUUCACUAUUGCAAAUAACAAAUUAUGUUAUGUGAAAUCUGGAUCGUUUUUGUUGAAGUGUUCAAUCGAAUUUCACAAAAUUUAACAAAAUGUAUGGGCGAUGUAAAUUAGAUAAUUUUUGUGUAUAGAUCCCAUUUUGUGAGUGAUUCAGGGACUACAAUGAUAUUAGCUGGUUAGGAUUGGUUUGGACCAAUUGGAAAUGUUGCUUGUAGCUUACAAUGAUAUUAGCCUAAAAUUACUUUGUGCAAAUGGAUAGAGAUUGUAGCUGAAGCUUAAAAUAAGAUUGUGAUCUUAACCUUUACAAUAAUCGUAGUGCUAAGAUUGUUUUGUGUGAGUGGGCCCUGGUGAUGUAAAACUGUCACAGUGAUAUUGACACCGACAGUCAAGUGAUGAAAUGUGUUGAUGUUCUAUCAUCGGUGAAAUAGACAUGGAGGAUUUCAUCGGUGAAAUAGAUGCCCGUUUGCACCGGGACCUGGAUGUGAGACUGACAAAGGAUUAAGCAAUGCAGCCAUGUUGCCAUGGCAGUAGAAAUAUCUUCUUUUUCUGAUGAUAUCUGAGAAGAUUUUAUUUUACAAAGGUGUUAUGAAAUUUAUCUUUUUGUAUCAAAUAUAAAAAUUCUGAAAUAUUAUGUUAUACUACCUUGGACGCAUUUUGAGAUUAUUGACUGAUGAUUUUGUAAUAAAAUAUCUAUGGACAA